AACUGUCAGACACUUGUCUUACUGUGAUGUCUGAGCUAAUUAUGAUUCACAAAAUGGCUGAUUAAAUUGACCGUACAUGGAUAAGUCGUUUCUUCACAACACAAAAGUGUUUGUGGUACCCUCUUGAUACGAGGACUCGAGAGUCAGUACCUGAGAGGAAAAUUCAAACCGUCUUGGGUGAGAUUUAGAAAGGGGAAAUUGUUGGUCGAGCAGUAGUCUGGACGCUUUACUUGUGGGACAAGUCAACACAGAGCCGCCUGACGCACAAUAGGAGAGGAACAACAAUAAGCCAGCCUCGGCUAAACUAGACCCACCUGACUCACUGCUGAAGUAUCAACCCCUCGUCAAUACUUCAGUUGACUCUGGGAGCAUCUGAGCGAACAUUCUGCCGAGGACAGUCCUGUCUAAUGGCCCUGGAAUUACUACAGAUACUGGGAUAAUUUAACUUGCACAAUAGAGCAGUUGAAACCGUGUACAUCUUUGACACUAAACACGAAUCUGAAGGGAUGUGUAUUUAUAAACUGUAGUAGGAUCAACGUUUGUUUUGUUGGCCGUUCGUCGUUGCGAUAGUGUUGAUAGUCACUGAUUGGGAAACAACUGUGGAUUUGGAACCUUAUACGUUGGAUUGUGACAUUACUGUUGGAUACUCUACAAUUGACUGGUUUACUUGAUACUGAUUUUAAUUGAUUUAUAACGACACUCUGUGAAGCUGUUCACAACUUCCAACUGAGUUAUUGCUUGUUUCUCUGGGCCGAGGACGUUGCCCUGUUCAGAACCCCCCUACAAACCUCUCGCUCUUCCAGCAAAUGUUAGCGAGGACGUUGCCCCGACUUUAAGGCAGAUUUUUCUGGAUACACUACAUCAUCUGUCAUUGAGGUUCUCCACGCACACAUUCCAUUUUAACUGGACUGCAACGAAAAUUUCAGAGGUAUGGCUUGCAAAUAAAGUUUGUUUAAAUGUGAAGAAACAAGAUCUGGAUAUUUGGAAAAAAUAAACUCAGAUUGAGAGUGAUGUCUUUAUCAUUUUGUUGGUAAUGUGUUACCAUAGCAACUAGUGUAGCUAUCCCAUCAUGCUUCUUUCUUGGCCACUGGGCAUCAAGCAGUGGUUAUCACCGGUGCUCUUCUAUGUAGUGUUAAUGUCCACGUGCAGUGCACCGACCGAACCAACGUUAAUAUUCUCCUAUGAUGACAGUACACCAUUCCCCAAUGCAAUUAAGUGUUUCACGUGCACGGAUAAGAAGAGCAAUCGAGAGUGUAACGAGAGAGCAUACGAUGCGUUCUGCCCCAAGGGCACCAAGUACUGUUACUCCUCCCACUACCUGAAUCAGAAAUCAGGAGAAAGUAUUUUAGUCAACAAGAAAUGUGCAUUACAAGAAGAAUGCACAGUGAAUGCUGUCGGCUGUAAAGACACCAGCACUAAGCACGUGCAGAGAUGUGUCUCAUGCUGUGAAGGAACCCAGUGUAACUUCUGGUCUCCGCAUAACUCAACGACGGCCGUCUUCAGUACGGUAACGCCUCUUAAUUCAGCACCACAGCACACAAUACCCAACGUCAUAUUAAUAGUAACGCUAACUCUCUUAACAAGAUUACUAACGUUAGCGACAUAACGCAAGACCCCAUGUAAAUAAACGGGUGUAUAUAUUUAAAGAUCUUUUUUUUUUUGUAAAAUAUUGUGUAUACAAUUUGACGUGAGUUAAGGUUAUAUUAUGCAAAUUUAGUGAGAAAUUCCUCGACAAACUGACCUCUUGGGUAUUACAAUUUAUGAGAAAUGUUAUGCAAUUAUUAUAAACUAACCUAAUAUUAGCCAAUGGGUCCAUAGCAAAUCAAAAUAACACUGUUGCUGCAGCUCUAUCGACACUGAUUUGUUCAACCCAGACGCUCUGAAUGCUUGUAGGUGAGAAAGACUUCUGAAGGGCAAAUGUAAUGCGGUUAAGCAACAUGAGCUGUUUGUCGACCCAGGUCCUUUAAUUUUUUUCUUUAUACAUUUGAAAAUAGCAUAAUCUACGCAUUAAUGCUGUUCAAAUCACAUGUUGAUACAACCUUUGGUUCAAAAGUUGUUAUACAAGAAAAUAAAACUGGAAAAAAAGGAGUUUAAAGUCAAGUUGUUUAUUGCACAUUCAUCGGCACAUUUCUUUCAAUACUAAUUAACCCCUUUUUGAUGUUAAUUAACAGGAAGGAAGUUGCCAAGAUAAAAAAGGACAUAUUUUUGAAAUUUACAAAAUUAAUAUUUGUGAAACUUCCAUCCUUUGUUGGCCUGUUUUGGCGACUCAUUAAGCUUGAUCGCAUCACCCCCAAAAACGGUGUUUUUUUUCCUGUGUCAGACCCAAAAACUACUACGGUUCAAAUCCCACUCCAGUAAAUGAUUUCUUGUUCAAUCCCAAAUUCUUUAAAACUUACCAAGUCAGUUUCCCUCAGGGUUUAUUACUCGAUAUCCUUACAUAAAUCCUUAUUAAAUCAUUGCUAAAAAUAUAGGAACUCAAACUGCUACCCGGUAAUCUUGGUGGUUUAGUUGGUAAGAAACUGCUCUAGAAUUUUAAAGGUCGUGGGUUCAAACCCCACCCGAGU